ACCCGCCCCUAACCCUGACACGGGAGGAUAUUUUUACCCCACUGAAGCUGAAAUGCGGCAAUGGACAGAUGCGUUGAAUCUUUCCAUGGAAUAGAGUAGACAAAUCAAGAUAAGACGUUAGCCAGAAGGACAGCAUAGUUGAAACCAAGUACGGUGUUGCUUUGAAGUAGGGAAAAUAUGGAGCUAAUUGAUAUCGGAGAGCAGUGUGAGGGUUACUAUGACACCGCCAUGGGCCGGCAUCGGGAGUCCUUCCACUGCCCCAUGCACGAGAGCUCGGACGGGCUGAGCACGUGGCUGUACUGCUGCGGCACCAGCACCUUCAGGUACUGCUGUCCCUUCAAGGAGGCGGACGUCGCCCCGUCAGACAUCAACCUCAGUGGUGGAGCGUAUUUUGCCAUAGCGUUUGCCGCGAUGGUACUAGUGCUGUCCGUCACUGUCCUGUGCUGUUUCUUCUUCCCCUACUGCUGGCUCUACAGGAUGAAGCACCCCAACCGGGACAUGCCUAUUGAGAUAGGUAUGGAAGGCCCCGCCAUCUACCCAUUACGGACCAUGAGAACCAGCGCCUCGGAGCCGGCCAGAAUCCCGCCCAACGUUAACGUAGAGACGGCUAAAGAAGAGCGGCGGAACUCCUACCCACCCCGCGGGACCUUCCCCUACCCUCCGACGGAGGAAGUUCAGAUCCCCUACCCCCCUCCCACGGCUAACUCCCAGCACCGAUCCCAAACCUCGCUGUAACCAGCUCUACCUCAUCGUCUCAAGAGAGUUUGACCAGAAUUAUGAAAAGGAAAUAUCAACGAAAAUAUCACAUGGAAGUCAUGAUGAGGAUGUACAAGUGUAUGAAAGAAAUACGCAGAUAGAUAUUAAAUUUAGUCACUCCCUGGCACGUUUGAUCAAUUGCUGACGCCACUUAUCCGCAAGAUCACCUGUUGAUAAGACGUGUCUGUAAGUCUCGCGAGUUUACGUCCUAAAGGGAUUGGUUAUCAGUAUUGAUCCUGAAGAAGGCGACAGUUUUCGUUGUAAAUUUGAUCCGUGUAAACAUUUGUUUUGGAAGAAAGUUUAGCAUUGCACUACCGGUAGACGUUCGAUUAUAAAAAAAGUGAUAGAAGGAAGAAACGGGGAUAUGUAUGAUAUGUUUGUCUUUGUUCCGAGGAAGUCAAGAAUUCAUGUGAAGCAGGGAUAGCCUUGUCAAGACGAGUGUAUAUUUUGCGUUAGAAACGUUUGUUUUAGUUACUAAGAAUUCAAAAUGUGUGAUGAAGAAUGGGCAGCGAAUGGUUAGAAGAAUAUCUGUGAUACAUUUGUUACUAAGUAUGUUGACAGGCGUUGUCUAUAAAUAUCCGUGCAGUUUGCAAGAACGGAGUACAGAGUACAGCAGAUUUCCUAUAUAUUGCAAAUAAGUGCUACUAUUGAAAUGAUUACAGAUAUUAAUGUCACAAUCUAACUUUGAUACAAUACCACGACAACUGAUCAUGUAUAUGAAACAUAAUACAAUGUAUAGAUGGAUUCGAUGGAAAUGAUUGAUAACUUUCUGGCUGCUUUAACAUAUCGCGGUGUGGUCUUGGUCUGUUCAAUUAAAAUCACGUUAUUUAUGGUU